UUUUAUAUAAUUAUUAUAAAAUCUAUUUUAACUGGGUGGAGCUGAGUUGAUCAAUGAUGAAGAAGCUCCUUUUCUCUUUCUUGUUGUUUCUUUAUUCUAGCGGUGUCCCUGUCUUUUGCAGUGACUUCAACUGUACCUCGCUUCCUCCGCUAUCUCGUCAAGCUGGCACUGUACAUGAGCUGAGGCCCCAAGACAUUAAAGUUGUCAUGGCUUUUGGUGACAGCAUCACCGCUGGUUUUUCAAUGAAAGGGAUUCAUGGUCUUGAUACUAUAUAUGAAUACAGGGGUCUGUCCUGGAGCAUUGGUGGAGAUCCAAAUGCUACCACAAUACCUGGCUUUCUGAAAACCUACACACCAGACCUAAUAGGAGCCAGUUUGAAGUCACAUAUUUUAGAGUUUUGUUAUGGUGAUGCAUGUAUUCCUGAUCAGCAUAGACCGUCUGAGGAUGUGUUCAAUGCUGCCCAGACCGGUGCAAUGCUCAGUAAUGUCAAUAAGGAAGAGUAUAAGUACCUUUAUGAGCAAGUCAGCAAGAAUAGUAAAAUUGACAUGAAGAAUGACUGGAAGUUGUUAACUAUCCUAGCUGGUUUUAAUGAUCUUUGCUUAGGAUGUUCUGGCAAAGUCCCAAUACUGACGCCUGACGAUUUUGAGUCUCUUGAGAAAGUCCGGGCUAACAUUCCUCGUGUUUUUGUUAAUGUUGUUGAAAUAUUCAAUUUGUCGUUGGUUUAUGAGAAAACUAAAGAUUCAGAUUACUGUCUGACGUUUCACAGGCUUUUCGCAAUUGAAUGUUUUUGUCUCUUUGAUCCAGACGACGGAGCGAAGUGGAGGCAAAUAGUUGAUGAUCAUGUGGUACAGUACAAUGAAAGAAUAAGAAAAGUUGCUGAUGACUACAAGCAAAAGAACUAUACUGAGUUUGCUGUGAUAGCCCAACCAGGAUUAAGAGAUGGCACUGCAGCCAAUGUUCCAUUUGAUUUCUUUUCGACUUUUGAUUGCUUUCAUCCUUCAGUCAAAGGACACGAAGCCUUUGCCAAAGUUGUUUGGAAUAACAUGUUGACACCAGCUGCCAAGAAAUCAACCACCUUUGAUCAUGAAGCACCUUAUAUUUGUCCCACCAGUGACACUUUGCUGUAUACUUAUUAG